CGCGGCCGAGGGAAAAGGUAAACAACGCCGGAGUCACAGAACCCUCAGCGUCCUCCCUUUUCCUCGUCUUUCCUCGAAUUUCCUCGCCGCUACACACAAAAUCUGCGCCAUGGCUCCUCUAGCUCAAAUACUGUAAUGGCAUCCAGGGACAGCGGCACUCCAGGAGGAGGUGGUGGGACUGUAGGAACUGCACUUCAGCAAAACCCUCAGACAUCAAACAUGACGGCAGCUGGCGUGGCGACAGGAGUGUCAGGGAUGGCGGUGGCAACCUCAGCUUCGGCUGGAGGUUCACAGGCUACUGGGACGGGGGGAGAAGCUGCAGGAAGGGUCAGUAAUGUUCAGCGCAUACAGCAAAAGAAGGCCCAGGUGCGAGCAUGGCCAAGAGACAAGAAGAUGGAGAAACUUGCUAUUUAUUCUACGUGUAGGGCGGAUGAGAACUGCAGAUGCAACGGCUGGAAAAAUCCCACCCCCCCUGCACAACCAGCACGUCCUGACACCCCCCAGCCAGCAGCCCCUCCCUCUCAGCCGUGCAGGAGCUGCGGCCACACGCUGGGCGAUCACGUAAGCCAUUUAGAGUCAGCCGUUGAUGAUGACUUGGACCGGUUGCUCUCCAUUGUUGUUGACGUCGAGAAUCUCUUCAUCUGUUUACACCGUGAGGAAGAUCCCGAUACGAAGCAGGUGUAUUCGUACCUGUUCCGGCGGCUUAGGAAGUGCAUUCUCCAGGUCAGCCCCCCUACUGUGGAGGGACCCCUUGGGACGCCCCCCUUUGAAAGGCCCUCAAUCUUCAAGGGAGUGACCAACUUCGUCCUGCACAAGUUCAACCAUUUCCAACAGAAGGACUUUCAGAUGAUGAGUGACUUGGCCAAGAUGUUCCUUCAUUGCCUUAACCACUGGCGUCUGGAGACCCCUUCAGCACGGCGGGCACACACUACCCCGGAGGAGAGUUCAGCUUAUAAAGUUAAUUACAUGAGGUGGCUGUGCUUCAGCUAUGUACCUCAGCUGUGCGAUUCCCUCCCACACCAUGAAACCACAGCUAUCUUCGGACGAACUUUCCUGCGAGCUGUUUUCCACACCUUGCGCAAGCAGCUCUUAGACAAGUUCAGGGCUGAGAAGGACAAGAUGCCUGCCGAGAAGAAGUUAUUGCUGCUUAAUCAAUUCCCAAAGUUCUUGUCCAUGUUGGAGGAAGAAGUCUACUCCAACUCUUCACCCAUCUGGGAUGCAGACUACCGCCCGCAGCUCCCCCCACACCUCCACAACCAGGCUGCUGAAAGAGCUGGUAAUACUGCUAGUCGUGGAGAGUUCGAGAGGUUAUCAGUGCAGCCUGGAGAGGGACAAUACACGAUAGUGAGUUUGACGUCUAGUAGUGCAAGAAGGUCCCGGCCAGAAGACAGGGGAGAAAAGCGAGAAGGAGACGACCUUUCGGAGAGUAGCAGCAAGAGACUGAAAAUUGGGACGGAAGACUUGGGAGAGGAGACCGUUGCAGAGGUUGUUGCCACCAUUACUGACCCCAGGCAGAUGGUUGGCCCUGAGGUCCUUUUCUCUGAAAAUGCAGCAAGAGAUGAAGCCGCUAAGUUGGAGGAGCGUAAAGGCAACAUAGAGUUCCAUGUGAUUGGGAACUCCCUCACACAGAAGGUGUCGAAACAGACCAUGUUGUGGCUCAUUGGCCUACAGAAUGUCUUCUCACACCAGCUGCCCCGUAUGCCCAAGGAUUAUAUUACAAGAUUGGUGUUUGACCCGAAGCAUCGAACACUUGCCCUGAUCAAGGACAACAGGCCCAUUGGAGGCAUAUGCUUCAGGAUGUUCCCCACUCAGGGAUUCUCAGAGAUCGUAUUCUGUGCUGUAACCUCCAACGAGCAGGUUAAGGGAUACGGCACACACAUGAUGAACCACCUGAAAGACUAUCAUGUUAAGAAUAACGUACAGCAUUUCCUAACCUUUGCUGAUGAAUUUGCAAUCGGGUAUUUCAAGAAGCAAGGUUUCAGCAAGGACAUCCAAGUGCAAAGAUCUGUUUACCAAGGGUACAUCAAGGACUAUGAAGGGGCAACACUCAUGGGAUGUGAGCUCAAUCCCAGCAUUGUGUACACGGAAUUCACAGCAGUCAUCCGGCGGCAAAAGGAGAUAAUUAAGAAACUAAUUGAGAGGAAGCAGAGCGAGAUCCGCAAAGUGCACCCAGGGUUGACUUGCUUCCGCGAAGGGGUCCGAGAGCUGCCCAUCGAGAACAUCCCAGGUAUCCGAGAAGCUGGUUGGAAACCCCCCGUCCCUGCAACUCGCUCGGCGCGCUCCCCUGACCGCGAGCACCAGGAUCCUGACUAUUUGUAUGGGAUGUUGAAGACACUCCUCAACAAUGUUAAAAGUCAUGCAGCUGCCUGGCCCUUUCAAGUACCAGUUGAUCCCAAUGAAGUACCAGAUUAUUACGAUCACAUCAAAUACCCAAUGGACUUGAAGACCAUGACAGAGCGCCUGAAAGCUCGCUAUUACGUGAAAGCCCGGCUCUUUAACGCCGACAUGCUGCGGAUCUUCAAGAAUUGCAGAUUCUACAAUCACCCGGAGACUGAGUACUACAAGUGUGCAAACAACCUGGAAAAAUAUUACUUGUCAAAAAUGAAGGAGACGAGUCUUCUAGAGGGAAAUAAAUUGUAAUGCCCAUUAAAUAUAUUGUAUUUUAAGGGGGGGGGGGGGAGGUCAGUAUGAAUUAUUGUAAUGUAAUUUAUAAUUUUAGAAAGAUCUAGUUAAGAUUAUUAUUAUUAUUAUUAUUAUUAUUAUUAUUGUAUUUUUAUAUUUUUUAUAUUUGGUCAGUGUUAUUUUUCAAUCUAAACAAUAAAUUCUUGUAGUCCAUGCUAGUUCAAUAUAUUUACAGCUGAAAUUAUACAACAGGGAAAAAUAUAUAUUCAGGCAUUGUAUUCUUUAAUCAAUCUGUUUUUCAUUUAAAAAAGAAACAAAAGGAAAAAGAAACAAGGAGAGAUCAUGUAGAUGCAGUUAAGCCUUCCUCGUUCGUAAAAUUUGCAUAGAGGGAAAUGUUACUCAGAUAUUUAGAGGCAAAUCUUUUUUAAAAAGGAGAUUACAAGGCUAAUGGGUAUUUUACGUGGAUGGAACAUUCAAAUAGUUUCGGUUUAUCCUUACUCUUUCUGUGCAAUCUCGAGUAGGAAGAUUGUAAAUAGUUUGUUAAUAACAGUACAAGUGUUUUUUUUUUUUUUUUUCAAUGUUAUUAGUGUUAUUAAUAAUAUCAGUGUUGUUAUUGUUAUUGUUGUUAUUAUUAUUAUUAU